UACGCAUUCCAGCAGUCCCGUGGUCGAUAAUCUUACUUUCGGCGCCCUAAUCUUCACUUUCUAUAUUUUUCCUGUGGGUUUUCCUCAGCAAUUGCUUCGUUGUAAUUGAAUCUUGAAAAUGAGGUGGGAAAAGGUCCAGGGAAAACCCACACAGGGUCAAGGAGGAGGAGCUGAUGAGUUUUCUGGGCCAGGGAGGAGGUGGGGUCACACCUGUAACGCCAUCAAAGGAGGGAGACUUCUCUAUGUCUUCGGGGGCUACGGCAGAGAUAACUGUCAGACGAACCUAGUGCACGUCUUUGACACUGUCAUGCAGACUUGGAGCCAACCUGUGAUCAAAGGCACCCCACCAACUCCUAGGGACAGCCAUAGCUGUACAACUGUUGGUGAUAAUCUGUUUGUGUUUGGGGGUACAGAUGGGACGAACCCGCUUAGAGACUUGCACAUACUAGACACUUCAUCACAUACAUGGAUUUCUCCAACUAUAAGAGGAGAAGGACCAGAGGCACGCGAGGGUCAUAGUUCUGCUCUCGUUGGUAAACGGCUUUUCAUAUUUGGCGGUUGUGGAAAAUCUACAGAAAACAAUGAGGUCUACUAUAAUGAUAUGUACAUAUUGAAUACAGAGACAUUUGUUUGGAAGUGUGCUGCAACAUCAGGCACUCCACCAUCUCCUCGUGAUAGCCAUACCUGCUCAUCUUGGAAAAACAAAAUUAUUGUGAUUGGUGGCGAAGAUCGACAUGACUAUUACUUGUCUGAUGUUCAUAUCCUUGAUACUGAUACUCUCAUUUGGAGGGAGCUGAAUACGUCAGGCCAGUUGUUACCACCUCGGGCUGGUCAUUCUACAGUUUCUUUUGGGAAGAACUUGUUUGUUUUUGGGGGAUUUACAGAUUCACAAAGUCUAUAUAAUGAUCUUUAUAUGCUUGAUGUUGAUACUGGUCUUUGGACCAAGGUGGCAACUCUAGGCGAUAGUCCUUGUGCUAGAUUUUCUGUAUCUGGUGACUGUUUGGACCCAAUCAUAGGUGGUGUUCUUGUAUUCAUUGGUGGUUGUAAUAAAAAUCUUGAGGCCCUCGAUGAUAUGUAUUUCCUAAACACAGGGCUUGCUAAGGAGAUUGAACAGAGACCAGAGAAGUUAUCUUUAAGGAAGCAAUUGAAAUUGAAAUGCCAAGAGCAGAACCUCAAUGCUAUCCAAAACCAAGGUGUUGUUCGAUAUGGAGUUUCUGACGUUAGCCAGCCCCUUGCAGUGUUGAAUUUUAAUCAGCCAAGCAGACAAAAUAUCCAAGCAAAUCAAUCCCUCCCUCUUGGAAAGAAAACGUUUCAAGCCAAGCUUACUGAUAGCAUCCCAGAAGGAUACACUAUCGAAACUGUUAUUGAUGGAAAGCCUCUUCGUGGAUUUCUCUUUUCAAACAAACCAAUUUCUCUGCAGCCAUCUAUCCAUGCUUCCAGCAGUAGGAAAAGGAUGUCUUAUGAACCUGGUAGUGCUGUCACAAGUGGUACACGACCGAACAAAUUAAAGGUUUCUAAAGUGCUCAAGCCGGAUGAAAGGACAGAUGUUGGUCAUGGAAACCUCUCGGAAGCUGUUGCUCCUCUCAUAUCAAGUAUUCCCACAACUGCUGAUGCUUCUGAGCCGCAUAAGGUAGUUUCUGCCAACCCAGAAACAGGAGCUGUUUGUUUGAAUCAAGAUGAUAAUAAGAAAAAUGAGACACCAAAUUCACUGGGGCAAAAUUUGAAUGAUGCGCCCUGUUCUGGAACUGGCUUUCCAACUGAUGAUCAAGCGAAUCGUUUACUAAGUUUGAAUUAUGAAGUUCCAAGACAUCAAACAACUGCUGCACCGAGCUUCAAUGCAGAAGUUCCCAGGCCAGCUGUGGCUGAGGGUGCUGCAUCUCAUUCGAAUCAAGAUUACUCGAGUUCAGCUCCUCCAAUGGCAGAAGAAUGCAGUGAGCUGGCAAAAUUCUUUUGAAAUCAGGAGUCGAGAGAUAAUUGCUGACGAUAAUGGCAUAGACUUAGCAUGCUUGCUGUUUGUACAUUCCUCGUCUCAAGGUGAUCAUAGAUGCAUAUAACUUGUGAUAACCUGCUAACUGAUGGAACAUGGUAGCCCCUACAAGAUGGGGGAAAAGGGGGGGAAAAAAAAGGAAAAGGAAAAGAAAUGAAAUAGAUUUUUUUUUUUGGAAGUUUACUACAGUAGCUAUCUUGUUCUUUUUGGUAGCAAACUAGAAUGGUAGGAUACAGAUCUGCACUACCGUCUGGACUCUUGGUUUAAAUUGGAAGAUUCUCUUUGUUCUUACUCC